AUGACUCCUUUGGAACCAGUCAAAACCAAAUAUGCUAAAGACUACCUCGAGGCGGCAGAUCUCUUCGACAAGGACGACUUCUACGGCUGUCAAGCGACUUGCAAGCAUAACUUAGGCGACCCAACCUUGCCGCCAUUCUGGAGGCUCAAGAACUAUGCGUUGCAUAUCUCGGCGUCCAGCAGCUGGGACGAGGCGGAAGAGUGGUACCAGUCAACCUUGGCGAGAUGCGAUCCGGAAUCUGAGGGGGAACAGGUCGAAGCGGCAUGUUUGAGACUUGCUGAUCUUCUGUUCUUCAGAGAAAAAUGCACGAGAUUCCGUGAGGACCUUGAUCAGAUAAAGGGAUGGCAGGAAGAGGACAGGCCAAGGCGCCAUUCUAAAGAAGAGGAGAAAGUGUCGGAAGAGGGGGAGCUAGGGGGAGAAGAGCCGCAGAAGGCGAAGCCGGAGGAAGAGUUGCGAGCCGCAAACGAGGAUGUCAUGAUGGAGGACAGCGAGUCCAUGGACAUGAAGGCUGAGGCACGGAGAGUCCAGUAG